AUGAGCGGUUUACCAAUCGAGGAUGAGCCAACGGCAACCACUCCGCAAUCGUUAUCACCUUCACCAUCCGCCAAUACGAAGGUUAGGGGUCGAAGGAAAAAUACAAAUGUUGCGUGCGUUAACUGCUCCAAGCUCCAUGUAUCUUGCGAUUCUAACCGUCCCUGUAAACGAUGUUCCGAAAAGGGCCUCAAGGAUACCUGUGUUGACGCUCCACGGAAGAGGACCAAAUAUUUGGCUGGUAUCCCAGCGAGUGUGUUGCCCCUGCCGCUAGUGGAUGACCCAGGACGACAAGCACCGUUCAUACAGACUGCAAGAGAGAGACAACAUUUCUACAACAAGCAACAUAUCAUGCAUAAGCCACGUUUCAUGUCCAAUGCGGCGGACUCAGAGUACUCCAUAUUGUCCAAUAUCACCCAGAGGGACAAUUUGGUAUCGCAAAUACCGGUUGACAACAUCUUGUAUUCGGACUUGGAGUCCCCCAAUGGGGUUCAUUCCUCUCAGAGCGAUAUCUUGUUAAAUAACACUACUGCAAGAUCGAGUCCCGAGAAGAAUGACGGCGCGGAAUCUGUGACGACGCAGUACAAUGGUGGGAGACCCGUGACCAUUUCCGCGCAACAGUAUCCCUCCUCAUACCAGAAUGUUUACUCGGUGCUUUUGGGCCCACAUGCACAGGAUAUAAUCAACUCUCAAGUGGACCUAUUUUCUAGUCAUUUUGCAUUAUUCCCAGUGGUUUCGCCGAAUAAUUCACUGAACUUUAAGAGGCUUGUCCCGCAAGACCCAGCCAUCAAUCAUGGCGACCUACAAAGAAACUCCAAGAUAAACCAGUACUAUUUGAACAGCGAUACGUUGAUGUUCCCAGAGGUUAUGGGGAACUACCACGAUUCUCCACAGUCGCAUGUCUCCUUCGCCCUCGAGUGCAAGUCACCAGAACCUGGGAGGUUGAAAAGUAACCCGAACUGGGCACAUUCUUUAAGAUACAGCACCCCGAUGGAGAUAUACACGUCUAUCAGGGAACCAUUCUCACAUACUCCCGGGUUCCGUCACUUGCUGAUGUAUCUGCGCAGUCGUUUCUCACGAAGCGACAUAGUACAGAUGUGCCAGUGCAUGGCCGAGUUCCGGCCCAUCUUCAUUGCAUGCUCUGUGACUCUGACCGAAGAGGACAUGAUAUUCAUGGAGCAAUGCUACCAAAGGACGUUGCUCGAGUACGCCAAGUUUCUCGAGCAGAUCGGCACUCCGACUUGCGUUUGGAGAAGGAACGGACAGAUAUCGUACGUCAACGAGGAGUUCGAGAUCUUGACCGGCUGGAAACGCGAGGAGCUGCUGAACAAGAUGACGUUCAUCGUCGAGAUCCUCGACGACCAGUCCGUGCGGGACUACUUCCGGACGUUUUCGAGCGUCGCGUACAAGGACUUCAGGGGAACAGAACAGAUGCGUGUCUGCAACAUCCUCAGCCCGAUAGCCGGGAAGACCGUGAGGUGCGUGUGCAUGUGGACACUGAAGAGGGACAUAUCAGGGCUGCCCCUGAUGAUUUUGGGGAACUUCAUGCCCAUCCUCUGA